AUGGAGGAUCAUGCAACUGGCCAGGAGAAGCACAUCCCAUCAGGCUAUCCCCUUCAGAUACCAGUCGAUGACGGAUCGGAUGAGCCUGUUUCUGAAACAUCUGACGCUAAGAGCACCCCAACUACGGAAGAUGCCACAGCACCUUUAGUGGAGGAAGGAGACCACGAGGAUCAGGGUGGUGUCGAACAGCACGGGGAGAUCCCAGAAGGAACCACAGCUGAAGAGGCAGGCGUAGGAGCCACCCCCAACCUGGAGGACCACGCUGCGGGCGAUGCUGCUCAAGGGGAGCCAAGCUCUCCAAAGCUACGGCCUGGCCCUGCGGAGCGUGGGGGAGAUGCCACAAAAAGAGAAAGCCAGCCCACACAGCAGGGAGCUACAACAGCAGCUCCCACCAGAAUCGAGGUCACCAUCCCCAUACCCCUGGACAUGUACCAAGACUCCAGACCCUCUGAAGACAGCGAUGAGUUGUGGGAUCGCGGAGGCGGAGAAGGCAUUGGGGUGGGCACAGCGCUGGGAAGAGAGCCGGGUCGUGAUGUGCACCCCGGGGGCUCAGCAGGAGUGGGUGUCAGGGAUGACGCCCCUAUUAGGGACGGGCCAUCUCCUUUAUACACCAGAGCCCCAUUAAAAGAAGAUGCCGGUGGCCGGGAGAGAGAUGAGGACCGUGAUAUUGAUGAAGCUUCUGAGCAGGAUUUGCUCUCCCUGGUGGGUCAGCAUGUUUCGCCAGGACCCAAAAUUGCCUUGUGUCCCGCGACAGCCAAGGAAACUCUUGAAGAAUAUGCCUUUGGGGAAGACAAAUCCGCAGGUGUCCUCAGGGACAUCCCAAGAGAAACACUUGUUGAAACUGAAUCACAUAAAGCAGGAGAGGACCAAGAGGGGAGGAGACAUCCAUUGGUGGGGGAAGAAGAUACAGGUGUCACCCCUUCAGAGCCUUCUGAAGUCGCCCCCCAAAAAGAAGCCGAGCCCAGGGAGGGAGAAGACUCGGGACCUUUGCUAGAAACAGCCAAAUGCCCCGCUGAGUUGAGAGACGAUGUGGAAGACAAAGAUGCUCCUUCAUCAGAGGCUGUGCCAGAUGCCGGAGGACGUCGGAUGCCCAAGAAGAAACCUCCCGGCCAUGUUUCAGAUAAAGCCGUCAGCCGCGUCCCUCUCCUAAAAGGUCGUAUUGACAGCAAAGACAAGGAAGGGGCUGAAGCUGAGGAAAAGAAACUGAAGAAAUCCUCACCUUCCACUGCCAAACCCCCAGGCGAUAGAGCCUCCAUCCCCCCCCAACGACACACCUCCUCUAGCACAACCCCUUCGAAAACACCCUCCAGCCCUGCUUCCACCUCUAAACGAGUCUCUUCUGUCACAUCCCGACCUGGCACUAUGGGAACACAAGGGACGAAAGCCAAG